UUGGACUAAAUAACCUUUAAAGGUCCAUUCUAACUCAAACAAUUCUAUGAUUCUUUGAUCCUGUGACAUAAAGGUGUGGUUUUGUACUUAACGUGAGGUAAAGAGUCCUCGAGUCUUCUGCCAGGAUUCCAUGACCAUGUUUGGUAGCUGUACAGUGUAAUAUCCCAGUGUAGCCUGUGCUUGAUAGCUUUAGUUCUGACCUGUACAAAUGUCAUGAAAACUGGGUGCUCUGUUUGCCUUUAUGAUGGUUAGCUGAGAAUGAGUUCUGAUGGAUUCAAAUCAGGGGAAAAGCAAAGUUUUUUUUUAGCUGCAAGAAAAAAAAAAGUUUGGGUAUUAAAAUGUAAGUUAAGGUGAAUAGUUGAAGCUAGGAAGUACAUAAUGAGGAGCAGGGAGAGAGGAGAGUCUGAUAGGCUGGAAGGUGCUGGAGAGAGAGAGGGAUCUAUUAAAAUCAUGGAGGCGUGGAAUGGCAUGGGUUGGAAGGGACCUCAGGUAUCAUCAAGCUCCAACUCCUCUGCCUCAGGCAGGGCUGCCAACCUUCACAUUUAAUACUAGCAGGAGGUGAGGGAAAAAAAAAAAAAGAAAUAAGUAUUACUACAACUUGAGAGACCAGAGGGUUACUAAACUGAGAAUAAAGUUUGUAUUACAUAUGCUGAAGGUGGGAAGAAAUCUGUUGUAUACAUUAUACUCUACCUGUUUAUUUGGAUUACUAAUAGUGUAUAAUACAAUACCUAAUGGGCACAAAAGAAACCAACAAAAAACCUGAGGCCAAAAAACUUCCUAGUCUGAGCAUGUAAUACAAGUUUACUUGCAGAACAUUGUCAGGGAUUUGAAGCAGAGUUCGUUUUAUCUUUAAGCUCAAAUUGAAACAAGCAGUUAUGUAAAUUCUAAACCAUACUGCUGUAUAUUUUAGGAAAGUUGAGCAGGAGCACAAGUAUUUGUACAAGCAGCUGGGUUAUUCCACAGGCCGGGGGUGUCAGGUGAACUUUUAGUUUUGUAUUUAACCAUGGAGUUCAUAGAAUCGUUAAGGUUGGAAAAGAACUCUGAGAUCUUCCAGUCCAACCAUCCGCUUACCACCAAUAUUACUCAUUAAACCACAUUCCUUAGUACAACAUCUACAUGUUUCUGGAACACUCAACCAUCUCCCUGUGCAGGCCAUUCCAGUGCCUGAACACUCUUUCGAAGAAGUUGUUUUUCCUGACAUCCAACCUGAACCUCCUCUGGCACAACUUGAGGGCGUUCCCUCAUGUCCUAGUUCCUUUUAACUGUUGCAGAGCUUUGGAGGUGAUUAUAGAAGUUUUUAAGUGCUGUCUGUAUUAAAUAGCUGCUGAAAAGUUUUGUAUACAUUGGAAUGAUUUAGGACAUAUAAACACAGAUGGGUAAUGUCUCUUUUGUUUACUUUCUUUGUGUUUCUCAUGGAAACAGUUAUUUAAAAGCAAAACAAAACCCAGCCCCCAGUUUGCCCUUAGUGCUAUAGGGAAAUCUGUGACUUGUUACAAUGAACUCUUAGUUUUUGACUCAUGGUGAUCAAAAGUGUAUAUAACAAUAUUAACUGAUUUCCAUAAAUAAUUCUACUUUCAGUAAUGUUUCUAAUAUGAAUGGUCCCUCCUCCAGAUUUAAAGAGAAGCAGAACAGAUGCUUUUAAACUUUGAGAAGGGAGUUGGAAAUAAGGGAGCUUGUUUCCAAGUCUGCACCCCCUGCUUGUCUUCAGUGAUCCAUUGGUUAAUCUCCCUUUGCUAUGCACAUGCUCAGUAUAAAGAACUAUUUUUGUCUCAUUAAGAAGUACCCUGAGAUCUUUGGAAAACUGGAAAAAAAAUGAAAUGGUUUCACUUAUGUUAUGGCUUAAUUUGCUACUUCUCAAUUUGAGAAAAAUGUAACUGGUAACAUUUAUUUCAGUAUAUGCAGAGUUUAUAUGGGCAAAUUGAGGGUAAUGGAUUAACACAGGGCAAGCUCAUUAGAUGAAAUAUUUCAGAUUGGUUUUGACUGAAACUACUCGUUUGUUUACCUGCAUACUUGAUUAAUAUUUAUUUCAUUAUCUGCAUAUUUAAUUGAUGUUUAAUUAAUUGCUCUGUUGAUUUCCCACAUAAUUAAUUAUCCACUACUUAAUCGUUGAUUCCCUGCAUAGUUAAUUGACUUUUUGCUUAUUUGAUUUUUACACUUAAUUGACUAUAAUUCAUUACUCUAUUGCUAUACCACCUAAUUAGCAACUGGUUAAUUUGUUAUCAUUUGCUUAUUUUAAUCUGAUUGUUUAGGCCCAUGAUGAGCACAGCUUAUCCUCUGCUUUCUGACCUCCUAUUCCAGUCAUUCUGCAUAAAAGCAUUUCUCCCUCUAUUUUGUUUCAAUUCCACUUCUAAGCAGAGUACUGAUCACAGCUCUUGAGGGAAGAGACAAAAAACAGUGAGCCUGAACUCCAGGGAAAACAGCUGGCAGUCAGGAAGCAGAAACAGUGGCAAAGCCUCAAAACAGACGUGUCCACUGCAUUGUGAAAUUUCAGUGUUCAGGUGUGGUUAAACUGUUUGUUAGAUAAUCAUAGGUUUUGUAGUGGAAAUAUUAAAUAUGCACUUAGGAGAAUCGUCUCCACUGGGUUAAUAACAAGGUUUUUAAUAGAAGAAUAAUGCUAAAUAACAGAGCAGAACUGAUUCAAAGGAGCAUUUCCAUUAUAAACUCAGUACAAUCAAAAUAAGAAAGUGUGCUUUCUAAGUGUGCUCAAGACAGCAGAAUGCCUGAGUAUGAGCCCUGCCGUGCUCGUAAGACCAUGGGAUCAGUUCCAUCUUCAUGUGUAAGCUUUGUAACUUAUUUUCACCAAGUCAGUCAGAGCUGUUGUCUCACGUCUCUGCAAAGCACACAGAAGAAGGGACCAAUGUGGACGACAUCAUUAUUCCACUCCAGCCUCUAACAGCACCAACAGACAUAAACAGAAAUGGAGAAGAGCUUGCAGUGAAGAAGAAAAGGGGCAGGCCAAAAGGAUCUACUAAGAAGUUAUGUGUGGAUGAAGAUGUUGCAGAAAAUAACUCUUCUCUGAAUGAAGAAGCUCAGACUGGGACAGAAGAAGGACCAGAAGUGACUGAAGUCUCACCAGGCAGCUUGGAAUGUAGGAAAUGCAAUCGGAAGUUCUCUAACAUGCGUCAGCUGAGGAAACAUAUCUGCAUUAUUGUUUUGAAUGAAGGAGAAGAAGAAGGAGAUGGAGGUAAUGAUUCUGACGUUGACCUUGACAGGAAGGAAGAUGAGCGAGAAAAAACUCCAAAGAGGCCCAGAGUACAGAAAACAGAGAAAACUCCAUCAACUAAGGAGACUGAACAGGUUCCAGGAGCUAAAAAUCCUAUAAUAAGUGUGGUUUUGACAGCCCAUGAAGCUAUUCCAGGAGCCACAAAAAUUGUUCCAGUUGAGGCUGCACCCCAAGAAAGUGAACCCACUACUCCAGAAACAGUGGUUCAAGACCCAUCACAACGAAGAGGAUAUCAAGAAUAUGCAAUUCAACAGACUCCAUAUGAACAGACAAUGAAAUCAAGCAGGUUGGGUCCAACUCAGCUGAAAAUCUUUACUUGUGAAUACUGCAACAAGGUGUUCAAAUUUAAACACUCCCUCCAAGCACAUUUGAGGAUUCACACAAAUGAAAAACCAUACAAGUGUUCAUACUGCAAUUAUGCCAGUGCAAUCAAAGCCAACCUUAAUGUUCACAUGCGGAAACAUACAGGAGAGAAAUUUAGCUGUGACUAUUGUACGUUCACAUGUCUCAGCAAAGGCCAUCUAAAAGUCCAUAUUGAAAGAGUUCACAAGAAAAUUAAACAACAUUGUCGCUUCUGCAAAAAGAAAUACUCAGAUGUUAAAAAUUUGAUCAAGCAUAUCAAGGAAACACAUGACCUUCAAGAUAAGAAGGUGAAAGAUGUUUUUGACGAGCUUCGCUUGAUGACACGAGAGGGCAAAAGACAGCUUCUUUAUGACUGCCAUAUUUGUGAACGCAAAUUUAAAAAUGAACUCGAUCGAGACCGUCACAUGCUUGUCCAUGGUGAUGAAAGGCCCUUUGCUUGUGAGCUCUGUGGUCAUGGAGCCACUAAAUACCAAGCUCUUGAGCUUCAUGUUCGCAAACACCCCUUUGUCUAUGUGUGUUCUGUGUGCCUGAUGAAAUUUGUCAGUUCUGUAAGACUCCGUGCUCACAUCAAAGAAGUACAUGCAGAUCUGCAGGAAACUUCUGUUUUUAACAGUUCCAUCAACCAAAGUUUCUGCCUGCUUGAGCCAGGAGGUGAUAUACAGCCGGAAGCACUUGGUGAACAGCUAUCGCAAACUGCAGAUGAAUUGACUAUCAUGAGUACUAAUCCUGUUAACACACCAUCUACUUGCGCAGAUGAAUCAAUAGCUGCAGAUGUGAACCAUAAUGAUCAGCAUAAUGGUGACUUAAAAACUAAUACCAUUCCUUCCUUGGAAUGUGAAAAUCCUCUGGUAGAGAAUGCAAGAGAGACUGUCUGUGAGGCAUCAACAGACACAGCAGUCACAAACAUUCAAUCCUGUGUAAUGUCAGAUUGCUUUCUACUGAAAAAUGGCACCUCUGCUCCUGAUGAGUUAAAAGAUUCUGCUGCAAAUGGAGAGGAAUCUAGUCAUUGCAGUUCUGUAAAUGAACAGGGUGAAGAAACUCAGCUUUUGCUCACUGAGGAUGCAAGUUUAAAUGUGAGUCAAAACAAUGCAGUGACUGAGGAUCUUUCAGGUUCUGAAGAGAAAAAUCAGUCUGUUGCUUCUAGUGAGUCAGAAACAAGCAAUCCGUCAGUUCUGAACUCAACAGGAACAACUGACCCUUUGCUAGCACCAGAUGCUAAUGCAGCCGUCAGUCCACAGGCAGCUUCUUCUAAUGCAGAUAAAUCAGAUAAUCGGAGUGGAGCUGUUGCCUUUAUGCAGAUCUUGGAUAGCUUACAGAAGAGACAAAUGAACACAGAGUUGUGUGAGAGGAUAAGGAAGGUUUAUGGAGAUUUGGAGUGUGAAUAUUGUGGCAAGUUAUUUUGGUACCAAGUGCAUUAUGACAUGCAUGUUCGAACGCACACUCGAGAACAUUUGUAUUAUUGCUCCCAGUGCAGUUACUCUUCCAUCACCAAAAACUGCCUUAAGCGUCACGUCAUUCAGAAACACAGCAAUAUUUUGCUGAAAUGUCCUACAGAACAUUGUGACUACUCUACUCCAGAUAAAUACAAGCUCCAGGCACAUCUUAAAGUUCACUCUGAGCUGGAUAAGAAGAGUUAUUCCUGUCCUGUGUGUGAGAAGUCAUUUUCCGAAGAUCGACUUAUAAAAUCACACAUCAAGAUAAACCACCCUGAGGUUUCAAUGAGUACCAUUUCUGAGAUUCUUGGCAGAAGAGUUCAGUUGAAAGGACUUAUUGGAAAACGAGCUGUGAAAUGUCCCUACUGUGAUUUUUAUUUUAUGAAGAAUGGGUCAGAUCUUCAGCGUCACAUUUGGGCUCAUGAAGGUGUCAAACCCUUCAAAUGUUCUCUCUGUGAGUAUGCCACUCGCAGCAAGAGUAACUUGAAAGCGCAUAUGAAUCGUCACAGCACUGAGAAAACACACCUUUGUGAUAUGUGUGGGAAAAAGUUCAAAUCAAAAAGCACUUUGAAGAGCCAUAAACUCCUUCAUACUGCUGAUGGAAAGCAGUUUAAAUGUACAGUAUGUGACUAUACAGCUGCUCAAAAGCCACAACUCCUACGUCAUAUGGAACAACAUGUCUCUUUCAAGCCUUUCCGGUGUGCACAUUGCCAUUAUUCCUGCAACAUAUCUGGUUCUCUGAAGAGGCAUUACAACAGAAAGCAUCCUAAUGAAGAAUAUGUAAAUGUAGGUUCUGGGGAGCCUGCCGCAGAAGCCCUUAUCCAACAAGGUGGUAUUAAGUGUCCUGUUUGCAGCUUUGUAUAUGGUACAAAAUGGGAAUUCAACAGACACCUUAAGAACAAGCAUGGAAUGAAGCUUGUAGAACACGAUGGGGAAGCAAAGUGGGAGUUAACUGCUGAAGUUUCUGAAGAAGCGUCUACUCAGUAUGUCCAUAUCACAGAGGCUGGAGAAGAUGAUCAGGGUACUCAGGCUGCUGUAGCUGCAUUACAGAACCUUAGAUACACGUCUGAAAAUGGUGAAAGACUUGAUCCAACAGCUGUAAACAUUCUACAGCAAAUCAUUGAGUUAGGAUCGGAAACCCAUGAUGCCACUGCAGUUGCUUCAGUAGUUACCAUGGCACCUGGAACUGUGACAGUAGUAAAGCAGGUAAAAGAAGAAGAGCAAUCAGCAAAUCACACUUUGAUGAUUCAGGAGACUCUGCAGCAGGCCUCAGUGGAGCUGUCUGAACAGCAUCACCUGGUAGUCUCAUCAGAUGAAGUGGAGGGAAUUGAGACAGUGACUGUCUACACACAGGGUGGAGAGGCUUCGGAAUUCAUUGUUUAUGUUCAGGAAGCGAUGCAGUCUGUAGAAGAACAAACUGUGGAACAAUCUGUGCAGGAGCUCUAAAGAAUGGUAUUCAGAUGAGAUAGCUACUUGAUUUGCCAAAGCCAAAACUUGUAUUUCUCUUCCUAACACAACCAAAAACAAGCAAGCAGGCAGAUUUUUUGUUAAUUUGUGAGGUAAAACCUUUUUACUAGAUAUGGCUGGUUGGAUUGUGUCAGUAACUUUCAGUAUAGAAUUACCUUGGACUUUCUUUUUCCUGAAAAAAGCUCCUAUUAUGAGGAAAAAUUAUUCUUCCCCAUCUAAGAUCUCAUUUGAUUCCUGUAAAUCUCCAAAAUAUUGUUUGCUCAAAAUGGUUUUUUACCACAAUAAAAAAAAAAAAAAAAAGAAAAUCCAUCAAAGAAGCAGACUGUCUAGAACAGUCCUUCCAUCCCACCUUAUAGAUACUAAGUUUGUGCUUGACUUCAAUGGAGACAGGGUUUUUUGGUGUUUUUUGUUGUUGUUGUUGUUGUUGCUGUUGUUUUGUUUUUGUUUUUUAGGAAAAAAUAGAAGGAAUUCUUAUUUCUGAAUAUAUGCUUAGAAUGUAUUUGCAGGUUUGUGGACCUAACCUAUUCAAAGAUUCAAAAUUUAGAAAUAUGCCACAGAUGGAUUUUAAUUUGUAUUUGUGAGUUGAUUGUUUGGGAGAUAUUUAAAGCCAUAUAUGAUAAUUCUAGAUACCAAUUAUUUUUUAGAUAAUUGGAUAAUGAUAACUCUUUCCAUCCCACUAAGUAAGGAACUGUUCAGUACCAAAUGGUGAAACCAAAUGUUUGUCAACUCAAUGAAAUAGUCUUCUGUUUUUAAGAAAAAAUAAUAUUCAAAUUAUUUGUAAAUGCUAUAAAAUAUGUUUGUUCAUAUGUUUUAAAAAGAUGUUUGUAAAUAUGGCUGUGUGAAAGAACUUGUACAAAAAGUAAGUAAAUAGUGACAAAAAUUUAGUUAUUCUUAAUUAUAAAUGUAUAUAGUUCCAGAUUUUCCUUUGUGAAUUUGAAUUGUUUCUGAUUUGAUAUUUUUAAAUUUGAGCUAUAAAAGUUACUAAUUAAUAAUAAAAUUGUCAUGUUUUCAUUUGA